CAGCAACAAUGUCGAAAGUCGUCAAACCCUAGGCUAUUGAUUUUGGGGAAGUGUGCGACGCUACAUCGGGCAUAACUUCUAUUCCCUAAGAGUUGUUAGACCCUGGAACGCUGUCGUUAAAGGUAUAAUCCAGGCUACUUGGUCUGAAUCUUUUUAACGCCGACUGGAUACCCGCUUGACGUGUGACCAGGAUCUGCCCAGAACUAAUUGAAUUCUCACAUUUUAAUCGCCACGUUUCCCUCUUUCUUUACUUGUCCACAGGUUAACAACUACAAAAGUAGUGAUCCACGGAUUGUAGACACAGACGCCACUUAAGCAAAAGCUUCUAUUCCGUCAACAAACAUUUGAACCAUCUGUAUGUUGGACUUAGUGUUUUAUUGUGGACUGAAAUCCUAGUUGUAAUUUUAACCUCAAGGUUGAUACUGGUGAGGAAUUGAUAUGGUUUGAUGGUAAUAUAGCGUCAAAACGAACCUAAAAUCAUGGACUUAUAGACCAAAUGAAGGUUUUUAAUGAAACAGAUGAGAAUAAAGCCGGUCCCUCAUUCCUUUCAUGUUUAGCUGAUCCAGUUUGGGAUUUGUUGGACCCACUUCCUGAUAUUAGAUUGUUGUUUUCAUCAUUCGAUACUCAGUUCUUUGGAAGCACUCUUGGUGCUGUGGAAGUCAAGUGGAGUUCUCGGAUGACUCUCUGUGCUGGAGUUUGCAGGUUUCAAGGGCGACAGGGGACAUGCUGUAUUAGUUUAAGUGAGCCUCUUCUAAAAUUCAGACCACGGAAAGAUCUGGUGGAGACUCUGCUGCAUGAAAUGAUCCAUGCCUUCCUAUUCAUAACAAAAAAUGAUAGGGACCGUGAUGACCAUGGGCCGAAUUUCAGAUUGCAUAUGAACCGCAUAAACUCAAUAACUGGCAUAAACAUAACGGUUUAUCACUCAUUUCAUGAUGAAGUUGACACAUAUCGCACCCACUGGUGGCGCUGUACGGGCCCUUGUCGUGAUCGUCCGCCAUAUUUUGGGUAUGUUAAACGUGCUAUGAAUAGAGUGCCAGGUCCUAGAGAUACCUGGUGGGGUCAGCACCAAGCUACAUGCACAGGCAAAUUUAUAAAAGUUAAAGAACCAGAAAAGAAAAAUCCUUCUAAACGAAGAACAACAUCCGAAUCUUGUCCAAAGGAUCAAAAGAAACAAAUUAAAGGUGGUGAUAUUCGCAACUUUAUUACUAUCAAUUUUGAAAGUGAAAAUACUACUUCACAAUUCACUAGUCAGUCAAACAGCUGUAGUCAGAGCAGUUGUUCAACUACGCAUAUUUGGCCCAGCGAUGAUAAGGGUCACAUUCUCGGGAAGAGUAGUUCACCAAGCCAAAACAUUAAACCAACCGGCUUUGAGUCAUAUCCAGUUGAAACAGUUAGUGAAUCGAAAGUAACUUGCCCUAACUGUGCUUGUGUUAUUUCUCUUUCUCUAAUUAAUGACCAUCUAGAUAUCUGCCUUUCAUAAAAAUCAGAUUUUAUAAUUUUCUAAAAAUAGAGUAUUUAAAAGUAUC